AUAAUAUGGGUAGAAUUUAGUUUAUGUCUUUAAACUUCCGGUAUAAUAGAUAUAUAAAAAUGUUGAGAAAGCUGACAUUAGUAUUUGUCCUUUCAUUUUGACAGUGUUGAAGAAUAAUUAUAUUAUUAAUAUGGUACGUUUCUAGAAUAUUAUGAAUGGUUUUAAAACAAUAUGUUUAUAUUAUCAUCUAAGCCGCUUUUGAAACGGAUUGAAUACGGAAUUUAAUUUCUUAAAUUUUAGGCAACAAGCGAAACCUCAGUUAAAAGAAAGCCGGAAGAUUUUGUUUUUAGGAAAACUCUUGGCGAAGGUAGUUUUUCUACUGUUUAUUUAGCAACCGAAGUAUCAACUGAACGUCAUUUUGCUGGUAAAUAUUUCUUCUUGCUGCGCCUUUUAUUAUACAGCGAUAUUUAAAUAUAUACAAAACACAAUAACAGUUAAAGUAGUGGAUAAAGCAUUAAUAAAGAAGGAAAGGAAAACGGAGAAUAUAUUUAGGGAACGAGACGCCUUAAGCCGUGUAUCAGGACAUCCUUUUUUCCUUAUUCUGUACUAUACUUUUCAAGAUGCAGAUAGACUUUGUAUAUUUUGCUAUGAGUUUUGCAGAAAGAGGAGAAAUAUUAUCCUAUUUAAAAAGACUUGGCUCUUUCGAUGAAGAAUGUACCCAAUUCUAUUCAAGCGAACUAGUGGUUGCUUUAGAAUAUAUGAAGAGCAAAAAACUAGUCCAUAGGGAUUUGAAGCCUGAAAAUAUAUUAUUAAGUGCGGAUAAGCAUAUUAAAAUUAGCGAUUUUGGUUCAGUUAAAUUAUUAUCCGACGAAGAUGAUGGUUCAUCAGUUGCGAAAGAACGGCCUGCGCAACCCGUUAAAGCUGGACCAGCACUACCUGAUUUGAUACCUUCAGCAUCGAAAAAUGAAGAAAUAACUGCCAUAAGAAGGACAAGAACUACCUCUUUUGUUGGUACUGCUCAAUACGUUUCCCCUGAAGUUCUAAAUCAUAAAAAAACUAGUUAUAGUUACGAACUUUUAAUUUUCCAUAAGAUUUCAAAACUAGAAUAUUCUUUUCCUGAAGGAUUUAAUGAAACAACAAAGGAUCUUGUUCAAAAUUUACUAGUAAUUGAUCCUACUAAGAGGUUAGGUUGCUCCGAAAGAGGUGGACUUGACGAGUUAAAACGUCAUCCAUUCUUCGCAAAUACUAAAUGGGACGAAUUACCUAAGACAAAGCCCCCCGAGCUUCUUCCUUAUUUACCCGCAAGAGAUGAGGCGUCUGAGCCCUUAUGGAGUGAAAUUGACAGGGGAUUGGACGGCUCCGCUCUAAUGAGACUUCACUUACAAACUGAAAAAGGUAUGAAGCCGCUUAUUCGUAAAUCGAGCGCUAUUUGGCUAAGCGACGAAGAUAGAAGAAAUAAACUCGCCGAACAAGCAAAGAAUAAUAACUAUCAUAAAUUCGUUGAGAAUAAUCUUAUCCUAAAACAAGGCUUUUUGGAAAAGAGGCGGGGACUCUUUGCUCGAAAGCGAAUGUUCUUGCUAACAGAGGGACCUAGACUGUUUUAUGUCGAUCCAGACAAUAUGAAAUUAAAGGGAGAAGUUCCAUGGUCUAGAGACUUAAAAACUGAAGCCAAAAACUUCAAAGUGUUUUUUGUCCAUACACCGAAUCGUACUUAUUAUCUUGAAGAUACUAAAAGUAAUGCCUUGAAGUGGUGCGAAAAGAUAAACGAAGUUUGUCGUCAUUAUUAUGGAGAAAACGAUGAUAACGCUGCAACAACUAGUAAAUGA